AUUGCCCCCCCCCCUCUCGUUUUGCAGGUAAUAAUUUGGGGUCGCACAGAGAAGUGUCUGAAGGAAACGGCGGAGGAGAUCCGGCAGAUGGGAACGGAGUGCCAUUAUUUUAUCUGUGACGUCGGGAACAGAGAGGAGGUCUACCAACAAGCCAAAUCUGUGCGGGAAAAGGUUGGAGAUGUCACCAUCCUGGUGAAUAACGCGGCGGUGGUCCAUGGGCGGAGUCUGAUGGACAGUGACGAUGACGCUCUUCUCAAGUCCCAACACAUCAAUACAUUGGGCCAGUUCUGGACCACCAAGGCUUUCCUGCCCCGCAUGCUGGAGCUACAAAACGGACACAUUGUUUGUAUAAACUCUGUUCUGGCGUUAUCGGCCAUCCCAGGAGCCAUCGACUACUGCACCUCCAAGGCCUCCUCCUUCGCUUUCAUGGAGAGUUUGUCCUUGGGGCUUCUGGACUGCCCAGGAGUCAACACCACCACAGUAUUACCCUUCCAUACCAACACCGAGAUGUUCCAGGGAAUGAGAGUUCGGUUCCCCAACAUCUUCCCACCUUUGAAGCCGGAGACGGUGGCCAGGAGGACGGUAGAAGCCGUUCAGAAGAACCAGGCGCUCCUCUUACUCCCGUGGACGAUGCACCUCCUUGUUAUCUUGAAGAGCGUCCUCCCUCCAGCAGCACUUGAAGAAAUUCACCGGUUCUCCGGCUCCUACACUUGUAUGAACACCUUCAAAGGACGGACAUAGACCCCCUUCUGCACCCAGGAAGAUUUCAGCAAAGUGAGAGAGACUCCCCUUGACUGAUCCAGACAAGACUUGAGGAGCGGCGUCCGUCCAAUGAGGAGGAGGAGCCUCUGAAAUGAGGAGGAGCCCCCAGGUGGCCCCUGUCAGGCCCCGAUGGACUGCGAUGGAGGACGAGCGGAGAUUAUUUUCUAUGUUUUAGUAGUUUUAUUGUCUCGCCGGGGACAGAAAAUAUUUCAAUGUUUUUAUUGGACGAUGAUGGACAUGUGGGUACUGCGGCCUCUGUACGGGGGGGGAGGGGCGACGCUUGUGGGGUCCUUCUGACGUUUGCUGUGUCUCCAUUUUAUUGUGCGGAUUUGCCCCCCCCCCCCCCUCCCAGUUAUCGGCUGUUCUGGACUCCUAUUGGCUGAUGGCACCUGAAAUGCAGCCGGAGGCGGGACAUGUGGUCUGUCCUUCGUAGAGCCCCUGAUUGGCUGCUGCAAGCAGAUGACCCUCCCCCCCAGCUGUGCUCAGAUAUAGAGAGCAGCCGACCGGUGAGAAUGGCGCGGGUUCCCCGAGGUCGCCGGAGAAGAUUCACUAUAAAAGUUCUGCGCCCCUCCCCCGCGCGGCGGGAAGAUCAGAGAAAAAUAUUUUUAUGGAUUCUGUACAGUUUUAUGUUUUUAAUAUUUAAGAAUAGAGAGAAGAAAAGGAUUUCGCUUUGUUGGGUUUUCCGUCACUCGCUGUCCCGCAAU